GUCUGGGCAGAGAGCAGGAGCGAGGGCGCUUGGGAGAAGCCUCGCCCAACGGCAAUAGAUUAAUCAGGCCUCAGAAAGAUGGCGUCCUCGGAGCAGGCUGAGCAGCCGAGCCAGCCAAGCUCUGCUCCAGGAAGUGAAAAUGUGGUGCCUCGAGAGCCGCUGAUUGCCACAGCAGUGAAGUUUCUACAGAAUUCUCGGGUCCGCCAGAGCCCACUUGCAACCAGGAGAGCGUUCCUUAAGAAGAAAGGGCUGACAGAUGAAGAGAUCGAUUUGGCUUUCCAACAGUCAGGCACGGCUGCCGAUGAGCCUGCGUCCUUGGGCCCAGCCACACAGGUGGUUCCUGUCCAGCCCCCUCACCUCAUUUCGCAGCCAUACAGCCCUGCGGGCUCCCGGUGGAGAGACUACAGCGCCUUGGCCAUCAUCAUGGCAGGGAUUGCGUUUGGCUUUCACCAGCUCUACAAGAAGUACCUGCUCCCCCUCAUCACGGGUGGCCGGGAGGACCGGAAGCAGCUGGAGCGGAUGGAGGCGAGUCUGUCGGAGCUGAGUGGCAGCGUGGCCCAGACAGUGACUCAGUUACAGAUGACCCUCGCCUCAGUCCAGGAGCUGCUGAUUCAGCAGCAGCAAAAAGUCCAGGAGUUGGCCCAUGAACUGGCCACAGCCAAGGCCACCACGUCCACCAACUGGAUCCUGGAGUCCCAAAACAUCAAUGAACUCAAGUCGGAAAUUAACUCCUUGAAGGGGCUUCUUUUGAAUCGGAGGCAGUUCCCGCCCUCCCCGUCGGCCCCGAAGAUCCCCUCCUGGCAGAUCCCCGUCAAGUCGCCCUCGCCCUCCAGCCCCGCGGCGGUGAACCACCACAGCAGCAGCGACAUCUCGCCUGUCAGCAACGAGUCCACGUCAUCCUCGCCCGUGAAGGAGGGCCACAGCCCUGAGGGCUCCACAGCCACGUACCACUUGCUGGGCCCCCAGGAGGAGGGCGAGGGGGUGGUGGACGUCAAGGGCCAGGUGAGGAUGGAGGUGCAGGGUGAGGAGGAGAAGAGGGAGGAUGAGGAGGACGAGGAGGACGAGGACGUGAGCCGCGUGGACGAGGAGGACUGCCUGGGGGUGCAGAGGGAGGACCGUCGGGGUGGGGACGGGCAGAUCAACGAGCAGGUGGAGAAGCUGCGGCGGCCCGAGGGUGCCAGCAACGAGAGCGAGCGGGACUAGGCGGUAUGGGGGUGGGGCCCGGGGUGGGGCGGGGUCAGGGCCAGGCGGGCAGAGCCUGGCCACCCAGCCCGCUCCGGACAGACAGGCCUCUGACCUUGAUCUCAUUCAGGUCGAGGGCUCCGAACUCUCUGGGCUCAAGCCCCUCAGCCCCCUCCCAGACAGAUGUCCGGUCCAGGGGCGUCAGCUGAGUGUCUUAGCCAACCUAACACCGUGCAUGACAAGAGGUAGUUUAUUACCUGACUCCUGACCCUCGCAGAGGGGGAGCCUGGGGACCCGGCGCCUGCCGGCCCCUCCCUCUGCCCCGGCCCCUCACUGCUUCUCACCAGUGGCCACGGGGGCCACACUCGUGAUUCCAAAAGCCACGGCCCUGCGCUCCCCCCCGGGUGAGGGUCCCCCGGGUCCCCCCAGCCAGGCCCUGCCUGGCAAUGCCGCCCGUGUGUGCUUGUCGCAGCCCCGGCCUGGUCACCCGCCACAUGUGACAGCGCACUGCUCCCGACCUGGCUUGCUGCAUGGUGGCUCCGCUACCGCUCUGGGGAGAUGUCCUGCCCCACCAGGACCAGGCCCGGGGCCCUCCUGUCUGACCCCGCCCUGCCCCCAAAUGUGUUCUUUUGUGUGAUCAGGUAUAGGUAUCAGAAUAUAAGAUCCGACUGUAUAUAAUUGUAAUAAAUACAAGUUGUCACUAUUUAAUUCCUGCCUAUGGCUCCCUGUCUGCUCACGGCACCCCAGGCCUGGGGAUGGAUCUCGGCCAAGGCCACACCAGGUGGGUCCCAGGAAGGGGACGCGGGGGCAGGCCCAAGUAGCUCUGUGGUGGGCCUGCCUCCCUUGUCCAGUCUCCCUCACCAGGCAGGUGUCGCCACUGCUCACCCACAGUUGGAGGGUGUCGUCCUGGGUCUGGACCGGCUGCCACAGGGCGACAUUCCGCCCCAGGAGGAGAAGGGACCUCACGUUACUGUAUAUAGACCUGGUGUGGAGUGUGAUGAGCUCGCCUUCCUUAAAUGGAUGCGUGUGCUCCCAGGAGAGAGUGUCUCGUUCCCUCUUCCUCCCCCGUCUCCACUCCCUCUCACCCUCCCUGUCUCCCUUUAACCUUCACACAGUGUUUAGCUAAACCCAGGAAAACAGCACAAGAUGCUCCUUCCGGGGAGCCCCCGGGGCUGUGGCCAUUGGUGCAGGGGUCAGAAGGCCUGGUCCCACCCUGGGCCUCGUGUAGACACAGGCUUUGGAGACAAAGUGCGGGGACCGUGGAGGUGGAGCUGCAGCGGGUAUGUACCCUCUGGGGAGUGGGGGGGGCCGAGGCCUCCUGACCCACUGCCGACCUCCCACCCACACAGCUCUGGGGAGGGAGGAAGCCACAGGCCGAGAAUGAGGCACUUGGCAGGGGGGUGUUCUGUCUCAGAAAACAUUUCCACUCUCACCCAGGCCCCUUUUUCGGCUCCUGCAGCAAGCUCCUUCCUAACUCUCAGGCAGGGGCCCUCACCCUGCCCCUCUGAGUGUCCAGCCUGCUCCCUGGUUUCCCAGGUUAGGUCUUUGAUGCUCAUCACCUCACAUGGUGUUCCGGCUUGUGCUCCCCAGGGACCAGCAGAACCCCCACCCCACCCCCUUCUGAGUCACCUCUGCCUCUUGCCACCCCCACAGAAGCCAGGGUUCUCCAUCCCCAGGGCUCCCCGCCUCAUCUGGAUACAGGACCCAGUUUUUGGGAGUCAUGCAGGCAGACCUGAGAUGACAAGAGAGAGGGGGCUGCCCGCAGGGUCAGAAGCACCCCUUGGCCUCGGGGGCUAGAGACAGGGUUCCCCCAGACCUCCUCGGGGAAUGGAAGCCUGGGUCCUGUGUGAGCCAUCUCGAGGGCUACCCCUCUGCUUGGUGACAUUUCUCAUGGCCUCUCACUUUGCAGAGGUCUCUCCUGCAAUGGGACCAGACAGGGGGUCAGAGGACAGAUAGCCUGGGACAGAGAUGCAGCCAGAGCUGCUGGCAUGGGGGCCGCGGGGCAUCGCGGGGCACGCCUUCCUCAACGUGGGGGGUCAGGGGUCUCUCGGGUCCCUAAACUCACUGUGGGAGAGAGGGACGGAAACCUGGGCCUGGGGGACCUUUGCCCUGUGGGUCUCGAGUGACGAUUUCAGCUUUUGAGGACAGAGAAUCUGGCGUGAUUUCAGGGAGGAAAAAAAACCCCUCCCCAAAACGGCGUGAGUGCUGCCUAAUAAAGGCAGCUGCUGGACGGAGGGAAAACAGCCCUUUGAAAAAAAAAGCCUUUCAUUAGAAAAAUAAUGCAUUUCAUCCAAAUAAGGUAAAAAUAUUUGGAAUGGGGCAGAAGUGAGCAGCAGGCAGCGCCUGUCAGGCCCUUUCUGGAAGGGAGAAGAUUAUUAAACUCAAUUACAAAGUAUUUUCGUAAAGUGUCUUUUAAGAGAGAACUCACCCUGGUGCUCAGAGGCUGCAGGAUGGCCCUCUGGCCCCCAAGGUCUCGCUGGCUGCCCCGGGUGUUCAUGGGCUCUGCCUUGGGCAGGGUCCUCCGUUGGGCAGCCCCCGCUCCCCUGCUCCUUGUGAUGCCCCCAGAACAGGCAAGGCAGCCGCUUCUGCCCUGUCCUCCCUGGCCAGUCGGCUUCCUUCCGUGAGGGCUGACCUGUCAGUGUCCUGGGACACCCUGGUGGGGAAAGGAAGCAUUCUGAGUGAGGGGAGAGGGAUGCCGAGCUUGUAAAAUGUUUUUUUUUCAUACUGUGGAGGUUCAUGUCAGAUGUUCAAACAAUCCAGCCCAUAUGGAAGGACUGGAGGGGACAGAAACCCCUCUUGGGUCUCUCCGCUUGGUUUCACAGGUGUGUGGUUGUAGUCUGUCUCUCUUUCUCUUUUUUAAUAAAAACGGGAAGUUUCUUUUC